AUGAAGUCAACUGCCAUGGCUACUGACCACCACUUGGAUAACAGAAAGCAAGCUUCUGACACAUUUCCCGUCUUUAACACGGUCUGCUUUACGUUCUUCUUCUCGGUGGUUAGCUACCUUUUCUACACGUUUCGCCAAAAGAUCCAGACGGCCACUCCUCUUCACCUCACGCUAUGGGAGAUGGCGGCCCUCGUGUGCUUUGUUGCUUCCUUUAUCUACUUUCUUGGCUUCUUUGGCUUGAAUUUCCUACACUACUCCAUUCCAUUUCCUGAAGACGACGAAGAAGAAGAAGAAGAAGAACAUAAAGAACUCGAAAUAGACGCUAUUAAUAACAUCAAGGAGAUCGCCCACUCUAAUACCGUCAACCAUGGACUAGCAGAAUAUACUUCAGUUCUGGGUAUCGACGACUGUAACAAGAUAACUGAAGACGACGAGGCAGUGAUUCAAGAAGUGGUAGCCGGAAAAACACCUUCAUACGCAUUGGAAUCAAAGCUCGGAGACUGCAAACGCGCAACAUUUAUCAGGAGAAAGGCGUUGGAGAGGACAACAGGCAAGUCUCUUGAAGGUUUGCCAUUAGAUGGUUUCAACUACGAGUCAAUAUUGGGGCAGUGUUGCGAAAUGCCAGUGGGUUAUGUUCAAAUCCCUGUGGGUAUUGCCGGACCAUUGAUGCUUGAUGGGAUGGAAUUCUGCGUGCCAAUGGCGACCACUGAAGGUUGUCUUGUAGCUAGUACUAAUAGGGGUUGUAAAGCCAUCAAUGCUUCCGGUGGCGCCUUUAGUGUCUUACUUAAAGAUGGAAUGACUAGAGCUCCAGUAGUGAGAUUUGCCUCCGUGAAGAGGGCGGCAGAGUUGAAGUUUUUCUUAGAGGAACCACUUCAUUUCCAUACUUUGGCUAGUAUGUUCAACAGAUCAAGUCGAUUUGGAAAGCUUCAAAGCAUUCGAUGUGCAAUAGCUGGAAAGAAUCUAUACAUAAGAUUCACCUGUAGCACAGGAGAUGCUAUGGGGAUGAACAUGGUUUCCAAAGGAGUUCAAAAUGUUUUGGAUUACCUCAAAGUCGACUUCCCAGACAUGGACAUCAUUGGCAUCUCAGGUAACUACUGUUCUGACAAGAAACCUGCGGCUAUCAACUGGAUUGAAGGCCGAGGAAAAUCAGUCGUGUGUGAAGCAAUCAUAAAGGAAGAGGUAGUGAAAAAAGUGUUAAAAACCGACGUGGCUUCAUUGGUUGAACUUAACAUGUUAAAGAACCUCACUGGAUCUGCUAUGGCUGGAGCAUUAGGCGGGUUCAAUGCACAUGCUAGUAACAUUGUGUCCGCGGUGUUUUUAGCAACAGGACAAGAUCCGGCACAGAAUGUUGAAAGCUCACAUUGUAUAACCAUGAUGGAGGCGGUGAAUGGUGGCAAAGAUCUUCAUGUUUCAGUGACUAUGCCAUCGAUUGAAGUGGGAACGGUGGGUGGUGGGACUCAGUUGGCUUCGCAAUCUGCGUGCUUGAAUUUGCUUGGUGUGAAAGGUGCAAAUAGAGAGUCACCUGGAUCCAAUGCAAAGCAGUUGGCAAAGGUGGUUGCUGGAUCAGUUUUAGCUGGAGAACUAUCUCUAAUGUCAGCAAUUGCUGCGGGCCAACUUGUCAAGAGUCAUAUGAAGUAUAAUAGAUCGAACAAAGACUUUUCCCUAAAAGCAUAGAUCUUCGAGACCAUGAGUUGUUACAAUUGAAGUAAC